UCGUCACUGAGGAAAGGGUUGUUAUAUUCCUGUUUAGAAGUCUGCAUCUGCUACUAAUUGGAUUUAGUUUCGUAUUUACUAAUUGUCAACAGAUGCGUUGUUUAACAACAUUGUUGAGAGAUAACAGGGUCGCUGGUAUAUGACCGAAUGUCUAUGUCAGGGAUUCGAUCAUGGCUCAAGUCUUGGAUACCUGGGGAUUCUACAAGGGGCCCACUUGAAAAAGACUGGCAGUUAGUUGUUACAGAUUCCCUAAUUUUGGAGUUGGAAACCCAACUAAGGGAUUUGGAACAACAUUACUGGGAAAUGGAGCAGGAAGAACGCAGACAACAAACAGGAGUUGAUUACAGCUGGCUUGUUAGUAAUGAAAGUCGUACAUACCAGAUACCUCAUGUCGAACGUAUGCAACUUGUUAGUUUGUGCCAAUUGGUUAAACCUGAAGAAUGCAGUUGUAUAAUAAAGUCAUUCCGCAAUUGUCUGCUCCAAGAACCUCCACUUACUGAAGUCACAGCCUUAUUCAAACUUUGCAUUACACAGAUUCUUGAAGAACGCCCCAAAGAAGAAACAUUCACAGAAUGGGUAAGCACGCGGACGGCUAACUUGAUAAAUAACAUGAAACAACUUCGUCCAAGUCCCCAAGUCUCCCCUAUCAAUGAUGACAUAGACAUUGAAAAGCAGCAGGAAUCCUACCCCCUCACCUCAUUUGAUUCUAUGCUUUAUUAUAAAAACGGAAGCCAGAAUAUUUAUGAUUUCACCUACAAUAAGCAGUCACAGUUUAUAUGAGUCUACUGUACAUAUGGCUUCAUCAUUUCUUGUUGUCCUUUAAGUUUGGUGCCAUUAUCAUGUUGAAGCAAGCUGCUAUUUUUAAACAUUUCCUCGGUGUUGGAACUGCUCUCUCCAUGGCAGUGCGUUUAAACCUUUAGCAUUGGAAUUACUCUGUGAAAUGUAAUGCUUAUUUAUUCACAUUGUUUUGAAUUAAUCAUGCAUUAUCUCAUAGCUUCAAGGUGUUGAUGAUGUUAUUGUUUAUUUUUAGAAUGACAUUGUAGGGUAGGUUUGAGAGGCAGGAUCUGGAUAGUUUAAAUGUUAAUGGGUUUAACAUUGGUUACUCCUAUUUCAGACAAAUAUGGUGUCACUAAAUAUCUUUUUGCAUGUUAACAUAUCUUAAAAUACAUCAUAUAUAUAUAUAAGUAAUAAUAAUGUUAGUCAGAAGAAAUGAAGGGACUGUUCUUCAGUUUAUUUAUAUGCAGGCACAGAAAGUCUUCAUAUUUUCCAAGAAAUGAAAUAAAACAGAAUAUUUAUGUUAUUAAAUUUAAGAAUUUUUCAUCUAGUGCUUGAGAAUGCUUGUGCAGUAGAGACACAAUUCUUUCAAUUCUUCUGACCAACCUUUAUUAUUAUCACCAAUAUUCUGCAUAAUACCAAAGAUGUUUUAUUCUUUCCUCCUCUACAUAUAUUAUGUAGAUGGGGUUAAAAUCUAAGCCGUGUCCUCUUGGAGCACAUUUGCUUAUUCCAGUAUUCCAAAUCCUUAUUUAGAUGUUAUAUUUGUGUGAAGUAUGCACUAGAGUUGAAAAGACUGCAAAAUAUUUUCUGCCGAGUAAUAAUAUCAAAACAGGAGUUUGGAAAAUUUGAACGUGUUUCAUUUUCAAAUUAAUUGGAGUU